AUGCCGUCCCUCCUCACCCUCCCCGACGACGUCCUCGCCGAGAUCUUCUUCCGUCUCGCCCUCGUCGACCUCCUCGGGCCCCCCCGCCACAUCGUCCCCUUCCUCCAGUCCUGCCGCGCCCUCCACCGCCUCCUCUCCCUCGACUCCAACCUCUACCUCUACGCCCACAUCUUCCGCGCAAAGUUCGACUACCGCGCUCCCGCCCGCCGUCUCUCCGACCGCGCCACCCACGCCGCCGCCCUCGCCCGCCAGCUCGUCCGCGCAUGCCGCACCCUCUCCUGGUUUCGCCGCGCCGACCUCGACGGCCCCCGCGCCGUCCAACACCUCUGCCGCGCCUUCACCAUGUACUCCGAGAACGACGGCCGCAACGCCGCUCAACUCGCCUGGGCGGGCGUCCCUGACUUUGCAGAGCGGUACGUCCUCGACCGCCUCUGGGCCCACCGCGAGUCCACCUCGGGCUGGCCCGUCGAGAGCCGCGAGAACGCGUUCGCCCUCUGGCUCUACUGGUUCUCCCUCACCCCCGAAAAACUCGCCGCCCACCCGCCCGCCCUCCGCGCCAGGCUCGCGAAGCACGUCCGGCCGUACGCCAUGUACGGCUUCCGCUAUCCCCCCUUCCUCGCCCCCGACAACCACUUCCGCUUCCCGCUCCCCGCCGACCCGACCACCUACCAGCACCACUCGGUCGAGACCCCCCACGGCUUCUACCCCCUCUACCGCGAGCCCGAGUACCUCACCCACGAGUUCACCCACUUUGGCGACCGCGUCCGCAUCGCCGAGCCCCCCGUCGCCCUCGCCGCCAAGCUCCUCCUCGUCGCCUUCGUCGAGAACCAGAGCUUCGAGCUCCCGCCCCCCGGCGCCCUCCCCCUCGACCGCGCCGAGGCCGAGGAGAUCCAGUUCCGCGGCCCGACCAUGGCCGACUUUGACGAGUACCGCACCGUCCGCGCCGCCCGCCCGCCCCCACACGGCGACUGGGACUGGCGCGCCGCCCUCCCGGACCGCGCGCAGGGCCGGGAGGAGGACGGGCGGGCGUGGACCGACCGGCUGACGAGCCUCAGCGCGCGGCAGGAGAACGACUGGGAGCGGUGGAGGGCCUGCUUCGACCCCUGGGCCCGCAGCGUCCCCCUCGGCGGCCCCAAGUUCACGCCCGGCUCUCUCUCCGGGCUCUGGGCGGGCCACCAUCUCGACCCGGACGUGGACGGGCACGCGCUUGCGGUGCACUCGUACGUGUUCGACGCGAGGCUGGAGAAUCCGCCGUUCUCGGCCGCGGCCCACGCCCUCUUUUUCGACCUCCGCGAGCACCACUGCGUGUCCCCCGCCCAGCCCCUGCCGCUCUGGGAGCCGAGCGACGCGAUGGACGAGGGUGCGUUGAACGCGUACUGCCCCCGCUCCUUCCCGGACGCGUACGCCGUCCAGCACACCGGGGGCGCGCGCGGCGGGCGGCGCAAGGUGCACAUGCGGCGGCGGGGCAUGCCGGAGGAGUGGGUGUACGAGACGUACGUGGAGGGGGAGAGGAACUCGCAUGAGCCGGAGACGUGCGAGAUGUGCGUGGCGAGCAGGGAGGAGGAGGAGGCCGAGGUGCGCGCGAGGGUGGCGGAUAUCUUGGCGGCGAGGGCGGCGGAGGGCGACGACGACGAAAACGAGGACUUGGACGUUGAACUGGACGACCACGACCACGAGAUGGGCGAAGAGCAAGGCGGAGCGGCGCGCGUCGACCGCGUGCGCCGGCAGGUCCAGGACGGGCUCGACAUGGACGUCGACGAGCUCAUCGACGCCGUCUCGAGCGAGGACGACGAAGAGCACGAGCCAGAGGACGCGCACUCGCGCGCGGCGAGCCCGACGGACUCGGACAUGGACAUCGAGCGGACGUGCUCUGGGAUCAAGGACAUCUUCGUCACCGGCGAGACCCCGGCGCGAUAUGCGCAAGCCUGGCGCGCGUACGCGCUCUACGGCCGCGUCCGCCCCUGGGACGGCCUCGUCGUCCUCGUCCGGGUCCAGAUCCCGCCUGCGGGCGGCGGCGCGAGCGGCAGCGCCCUCCCCACCGUCUACCGCGGGUACGUCGUCGGCGGGCGCACGCUCGUCGGCGCCUGGCGGCACGCGACCGCGAGUGCGCACACCGUCCCGCUCGAGGGCACGUUCGUCGUCUCCAAGGUCGACCGCCCGCCCGCUGCUGCUGGGGAGGGGGUCGGGGUGGGUCCGGACACAGACGCAAACCGCUGA